AUGGCAACUCUUGAUGCCCUACGUAUUGCCCUUCGGCAACAAAUCCCUUCCCAGGCGUCUACACAGGUGUUGUCUGAUGAUCAAUACCAGGAGGGCUUCGAUCUGUUCUUGCAUCAUAACGGGUGGAAUAACUACCGUAACUUCGUCAUUCCCAAACUCUCACAGCUUCUCCAUUCCCAAUUCAAAUCUCAGAAAGAUGUUUCGGUGCUCGAAAUCGGCCCAGGUCCCACGAGUGUUCUCAGAUACCUACCCAUCCAGAUCAGACAGCAGAUCACAAGCUACAAUGCCUAUGAACCAAACCAUGUGUUUGCCGAGAAGCUCAAAGGCUGGCUGUAUCCGACAGAAGACGCUUCACCCUUUCCUUCUUUGUGUACCUCAACUAUUCGCGUAGAACCCCUCACGCAAGAUACGGUUGUCCAUGAGAAGCAUCAUAUCAUCCUCUUUUGCCACAGUCUUUAUGGUAUGCCAUCGAAGGAGCAGGUAAUCAAACACGCUUUGGGCAUGCUGUGCGAGAAGGGACAAGCGGGUAUACUUGUCGUUUGUCAUCGCGACUCGCUGCGUUGUCUCAAUGAUCUCGUUUGUCAGAAGUCAACUAUAUUCCCAGAUGGAAUACUACGCAUCGAGGAUAGCGACACUGCUAUCAACCGUUUCGCUUCUUUUGUGGCUGGACGCUCAAUUCAAGGCGACAAACUUUGCGAUUAUGUUCACACCCAAUGGAGAAACACAUGCCGAAGCUUGGCUCGUCACGAAGAAAACCAUCCAGAUUCUCUGACCUUCGCAUCUCCCGAAGUCAUCAUGACCUUUACUCGGCAUUCCAGCGCGCUCUCAGAGUUAACGGCGCUAGUCCCACUGGCUCUAAAAGACUACAAAGUCAAGAACAAAGAAGCUCAUUCCCAUAUGCCGGCGGCCGUGGUUAGACCGACAGAGGUUGGCCAUGUUCAGAAGUGCAUUACUUGGGCUUUGAAGCAUCAAUUCAGCUUGACUAUCGUUGGUGGUGGCCACAGUGGUCAUUGUCGUUGGCCUAAUGUUGUCUCAGUGGAUAUGGGCGCCUUCAAUCAAGUGCACAUCGUCCAGGAUGCAGGCGAAUCCAUCUAUGAACAACCUUUGGUGGUAGCUGGGGCUGGAUGUAAAACGGGCGAUAUCAUCCGGGCCACCCAGUUCGAAGGUCUAACUGUUCCUUUGGGAGCGCGUCCUAGUGUCGGGGCUGGACUGUGGCUCCAGGGGGGCAUUGGCCACCAAGCCAGACCUUAUGGCCUGACCUGUGAUGCUAUCGUUGGCGCCGUACUUGUCAGUAUUGAGUCCGGCCAGGUUUUCUGUGUUGGACAGGUACCAUAUCACUGCCAGCCGUUUGAAGCCGUCAGACCUAACAAUGAAGAUGAUAUUCUUUGGUCGCUGAAAGGUGCCGGCAACAAUUUUGCGAUUAUUGUUAGUGUCACCUUCAAAGCCUAUCCUGCCCGUUCGUUCUCGGUCAAAGAUUGGUCUAUCCCUCUCGAGAAUGAGGAACAUGCAAAGGAUAUUCUUCAGAAGUUUGCCGGCACACUUGCCCGUCCCCUCGAUCUGGAAUCAUCAGCAGAUGCCUAUCUGUACUACGUUGACAAACAGCUGAUGCUUGGAGUCACUCUCUUCCAAAGCAGGGAGAUCGCGGCAGAUGAGGGCCCUUUUCCGGCGACCCCCGAAUCGUUUAUCAAGGCGAUUGGUCAGAGCGAUCGAACACAGACUGUUGAUGCUGUCGGAUUGUUUGACACCGAGAUGUACAUGUCGUUGAUGCACGGCGGGCAUGGUGGCGGGAAGACUUCUUCAUUCAAGAGAUGUGUUUUCCUGAAGAACAUCGAAGAAACUGAACUCACCAAAAUUCUUCUUACUGCAAUUAGCAGUCGCCCAUCAUCCUUGUGUUAUUUCCAUCUCCUACAUAGAGGACGGCGAGUCCAAUGUGUUGCUAGCGACGCUUCCGCCUUUGGCUGCCGAGACUGGGAUUUUGCCUGUGUAGUGACUGGCGUUUGGCCCCGCGACGAAGAUCAUACACCGACUGCAUGUGCAAUAACUCGCUGGGUAUAUGAUGUGGCUGGAGCCCUUCUUCCAGUGAGCCAAGGAGUCUACGGCGCCGAUCUUGGGCCAGAUCCUCGAGAUGCCAUCCUCGCGACUAAAGCUUUUGGUCCGAAUCUUCGAAAGCUGAUUAAGCUAAAACAAGUCCUUGACCCCCACCACGUACUCGCUUACGCAUGUCAACUUUCGCAAGACAUGUUGUCACAAAAGAUGGUUGUUCUUGUAACCGGAGAACAUGGUGCUGGAAAGGACUACUGCGCCAAUAUCUGGGCCACCACGAUCAAGCAGCACGGCUAUAGCACCUCUGUCGUCAGCAUAAGCGAUGUGACGAAGCGGGAAUACGCCUCGCAUACAGGUGCCGAUUUGAAGCGCUUGCUCGAGAACCGUGCAUACAAAGAGCAGCAUCGUGAGGCAUUGACGACAUUCUUCGAGCAACAGGUCAAACAACGGCCACAUCUGGCAGAAGAACACUUCGUCGAGGUUGUGGGGAGUGCCGAUGUGGAUGUGCUGUUCGUUACUGGUAUGAGAGACGAGGCACCGGUGACAAACUUGUGGCACCUUGUUCCAGAUAUUAGGUUGCUGGACAUCCAUGUCAAGGCUAGCCAUCAGACUCGGUGUCUUCGUCGACAGCAUUUCACAGAUGGUGAUUAUGUUCACCAUGGCAACUUAAACGGCACAAAGAUCACGAGAUACGAUUUAGAAUAUCAACCAAGCUUCAUAUUUAACAAUGAAAUGACAAGCGAUGGCCAGGUCAAGGCGUUCGCCAAACGCAACCUACUUCCUUUCUUGGAUGACGAUCUUCGGCGGCUUGCUGGGAUGGUUCGUUCAGUGCCCGACUUUCCCCAAUCAGGUAUUGAGUUCCGGAAUGUUCUCGAAAUCUGUCAACAGAAAGGUGGGCACAGGCUCUGCACGUCUUUGUUGAAGAAGCAUCUUGCGGUUGAUUGGCGCAAGGUUGACGCGAUAGUGAGUUGUGAGGCUGGAGGAUACAUCUUUGCUGUACCGCUGGCAUUAGAUGUAAACGUUCGUCUGGUCCCGGCUCGCAAAGCUGGGAAACUUCCGCCACCAACCGUUUCUGUCCUUAAGAGCGCCUCGCAUGUCUCGUCUCAUGUAAAUGGAACAAAAGAGGAAAAUAUUGAGAUGGGCGCCAACGAACUUCGAAAAGGUGCCCGGGUAGUGGUAAUUGAUGACGUGCUGGCAACUGGAAGCACGCUGCUGUCGAUGCUCAAGCUACUGGUCAAAACUGGUGUCGAUGUGGAGGAUAUCAGUGUCAUGACCGUUGCUGAGUUUCCGAUCCACUGCGGACGUCAAAAGCUAAAGCGCGGCGGCUUUGGGAGAGUUAACAUUCAGAGUUUGUUGAUUUUUGAUGGCGAAUGA